AUGUCAGACCACCUUCCUGAGGGAACCAUACAUGAAAUCCUUAAAAGGUUGCCCAUAAAAUCUGUAAUCCGUUGCUGCUUAGUGUGUAGGUCAUGGAAAUCUCUGAUCGAAAGCUCUACCCACCUCAGCCGCAAAGUCCAAUCCAACAACCAAAACGACCCUCACUUCCUUCUAGUAAACCCUCCGCUCAACUGGUGUCUUUGGGACGUUGGUGACUAUAUCAACAUCGAAAAUCCUUACCUUUACCUUACAGAAUCAAUUUUCCCCAAAGGUGAAAGACUUGUAGUCAAGAAUUUCAAUGUGGUGGGAACUUGUAACGGGCUAGUGUGCUUUGCUUUUGACUUUGCCUAUUAUGGCUCCAUAGCAGUAAUUUGGAACCCUUGUAUCAGAAAGUAUGUGACUUUGCCUAAGCGUCGUGUUUCAAACCCUAAGGGUGGCAGUGACUUUAACGUAGCAAGUUAUGCUUUUGGCUAUGAUUCGCGGACCAAGGACUACAAGGUUUUGAGAACUGUCAGUGAUUUUGGUGGCGAAACAGAGAUUUGGUCCUUGGCUACGGGCAACUGGAAAAUCCUUCGUGCUCCUAUGCCAAAGGAUUUUCCGCGUCACGGUGAUAAUGUCAGAUAUGCUUAUGUCAAUGGUGCAGUGCAUUGGGUGCAUCACCGUCGUAGGGGUCGAAGGCAUAAGGCCAUUGUGGAUACUGCUAUUGUGUUGUUUGAUAUGGCCAGUGAGUUAUUUCGCGAGAUGAUGAUGAUGCCAGAAGAUUUGAGAGGAAAGCAUUGCCAUAUUUCAAGAUACAUGGAGUCCAUUGGUUUAUUUACGGGGACAGAUUUGGAGAGUUUCGGUACUAUUGAUGUCGACAUGUGGGUGAUGAGAGAUUAUGGAGCUGUGGAAUCCUGGACAAAAUUAUUUACCAUACGUCUGGAAGGACCUCAGCUACAGCCAUUUGGUUUUAAAAAGAAUGGUAGUGAAGCAGUGUUCAAAAUGAGUGGUGGACGGUUACUAACAGUGGAUCUUAAGACAAAGAAAGUUGGAGAAUUUGCAAUCAAUAAUGAAUACGAGUACUACGGCUUCUUGGACUGCUUUGCAGAGAGCCUUGCCUUACUUGGCCAUGCUAAAUCUUUUUAA